AUGAAGUUGUCCCUCCUCUUUGCCGCCGCCCCUGCGGCUCAGGCCAUGGUCUCUUACAUGGCAGCGGUCCCGGACUCCGUCAUGGCCAUGGCGGACGCAGGCAACUGCAACCUGCCGGAUGAUUUCCAGAUCCAGAACUUUGCUGCUCAGUCUGCGGACGGCCAGACGGCGGAUUCGCUGGACUUCACCUUCAACGACGACAGCACCACCCUCAACACGCCAUGUCAUCUUAACGCCUCUUCCGUGCCGGUAUCAGGCGACGGUCGCACGCCGAGAUAUAGCUGCGAGAAUGCGAUGGUGCAAUUUAUCUGGCAAAACAACACCAUUACUGUGAUCGAGAAGGUUUGCCCAGGCGAUGAUGGCGCCGCCGAUUACGAGGCAUCCGGAACGGCAUCCGUUCCUCUCGUAUGCAACGGCACCGCCAGCGGAGUGUCUGCGCGGUCGCACAGGCGUGCCAGGAGAGCCGUUGCAUGCACAUCCAACUCGGACGACAUCCGAGCGAAAUUCUUCAGCAUCCAGCCCGUACCCAGCAGUUAA